CUUUCCAAAUCCAACUCAUUCUUUCUCCCCUCUCUAGAACAAAAAUUUUUAAAACAACAAAAAAAAAAAAAAACACUCCAUUUUACAACUCCCUUUGCCUUCUCUUCUCAUUGACACCUUCUUUCUUCCAUAUCUUUAUGCCCUUUUUUUCGAUUUUUUUGGAGUUAAGGGUUCCCAUUUAUUUUCCCUUUGAAUACCCAUUUUGGAACCGAUCUUUCUUAGGAAAGAUAAAAAAAAUAAAAAAAAGGACACACUGCUUUAUGGAUCCGGAAGCCGGGUCUGUGACCCGGGAGUCUCGGCUGAAAUUUUACAAGGCUACUUUAUGUCUUGCUUAUCAGAGUUUUGGAGUUGUAUAUGGUGAUCUGAGCUCUUCACCACUCUAUGUUUACAAAAGCACGUUUUCGGGGAGGUUAAGACUUCAUGAGGAAGAUGAUGAAAUUCUUGGGGUACUGUCUUUGGUUUUCUGGACUUUGACUCUAAUCCCUCUAUGCAAGUACAUUAUAUUUGUGUUAGGGGCAGAUGAUAAUGGUGAAGGUGGAACCUUUGCUUUAUAUUCAUUGCUUUGCCGGCGUGCAAAGUUGGGUCUUUUGAGUGCUUCUGAUGCAUCUGACGAUGACAUAUCUGCUUAUAACUCUGGACUACCCAGGAAGGAGACUGUAGCUAGUUCUAUUUUAAAGGAGUUCUUUGAUAAGUAUCAUAGUUCUCGGAUUGUGUUGCUUCUACUUGUGCUGCUGGGGACUAGCAUGGUUAUUGGUGAUGGCAUCCUAACCCCAUCAAUGUCUGUUCUUUCUGCAGUUAAUGGCAUCAGAAUUAAAGCUCCUUCUCUUCAUGAGAACUAUACUGUGUUUAUUGCUGGUGUGAUUUUGGUGGGGCUGUUCGCACUUCAGCAUUUUGGGACUCGUAAUGUUGGAUAUCUUUUUGCUCCGAUUUUGUUAGCAUGGCUCUUUUGCAUUAGUGUUAUUGGAGUUUACAACACAAUAUACUGGAACCCACAUGUAGUAAGUGCUCUGUCACCAUAUUAUGUAUAUAAUUUUUUCAAAAAGGCAGGAAAAGAUGGAUGGAGUUCUCUUGGAGGCAUAGUUCUUUGCAUCACAGGUGCUGAGGCCAUGUUUGCCGAUCUUGGUCAUUUUUCCCAACUUUCAAUCCGGAUUGCAUUUACUGUUAUUGUAUACCCUUGCUUGGUUUUGGCAUACAUGGGUGAGGCUGCCUAUCUCUCCAAGCACAAAGAGGACCUUCAGAAAAGCUUCUAUAAAGCAAUCCCUGAGGUUGUAUUCUGGCCAGUUUUUAUCAUUGCAACACUUGCAACGAUGGUUGGGAGUCAAGCAAUUAUUUCCGGUACUUUCUCAGUAAUCAGCCAGUGUAGGGCUUUGAAGUGCUUCCCACGGGUCAAGGUGGUACACACAUCAAACCACAUACACGGGCAGAUCUACAUACCAGAGGUGAACUGGAUCUUGAUGGUUCUAUGCCUUGCUGUUCUGGUUGGGUAUAGGGAUACGGACACGAUAGGCAAUGCAUAUGGUCUUGCUGUUAUCACUGUAAUGUUGGUUACCACCUGCUUGAUGUUUCUGGUUAUUGUUAUGGUGUGGAAGAGGAAUAUUUUAGGAGCUCUAGCAUUUGUCAUAGUUUUCGGAUCUGUGGAGUUGCUUUACUUCUCUGCAUGCCUUGCAAAAGUUCAUAAAGGGGGUUGGUUCCCUCUGGUUUUGUCGCUAAUAUUACUGUCUACGAUGUGCAUAUGGCACUACGGUACUCUAAAGAAACAAGCUUAUGAGUUGAACAACAGGGUCUGCUUGGACAUGCUUCUAAGCAUGGGCACAAACCUGGGAAUAAAUCGAGUUCCUGGAAUAGGGUUAAUAUACUCAAAUGUGGCCACAGGAGUCCCCCCAAUGUUUGCCCAUUUUGUCACCAACUUUCCUGCCUUUCAUCGUAUCCUUGUAUUUGUUACGGUGCAAUCUCUCACAGUUCCAAAAGUUCCUGCCAACCAGCGGUUUGUUAUCAGUCGCAUUGGCCCACCAGAAUUCUGUCUCUUUCAAUGUGUUGUUAGAUACGGCUACAAGGAUCAAAGGAAUGAUACUCACGAUUUUGAGAAUCAUCUGAUUGAAACUGUAUCAGAGUUUUUACGGAAUGGCAACAAUGAUGGUGAAGCCUUCAGAUGGGAAACCACAAAUCAGCAGCAAUCAAGUCCGUCAGAUGAUGUUACUGCUUCAAGUUUUGAGAAUGUAGUUAGUAGUGAAUCAAGUAAGAAAACAGUGAGAUUUCGUGGUGUGGGAUGUAGCAAGGAAUUGGAAGAUCUGAGAGAGGCCAGGGAAUCCGGUCUGGCAUAUAUGAUGGGUAGCACUUGUGUUUUGGCAUGCGAUACAUCUUCAUAUUUGAAGAAGUUUGCCAUAAACAUCGUUUACGGGUUCUUGAGACAGAACUGUAGGCACCCUGCAAUAGCCCUUGGGGUUCCACACACCUCUCUGAUCGAAGUUGGAAUGGUUUAUCGAGUGUAAAUUGCAACGCGAUUUUAAAGAAGGCUAUAUGGUUUCAACAGAGGUUGAUAAUUCAUUGAGAAAGGAUCUGCUGGGCGCAAAUGCAAGCUGCAAAUAACUCAUUCAAGCUAACUGCCUGAGAUUUUUAACACUGUUUGUAAUUAAGGCAUGUAAUUCUAGAAUUUCUUAACAGUUUUUUUAAAAAAAAAAUAGAUUUAGCCUCUUAGGAAUGAAUACACAAACAUGUAAUUCUAUCUAACUGUGAUUGUACUUGGUUACUGAGUUAGAAAAAGGAAAGCGAUCUUGCUCGGCCCAUCUUUAAUGUAA